CAGUGCGGGCACGUCGCCCGUGGAAUUAUAUGCGCUGAUCCCACGAACAACAGAAUUUUCCCGAGUCUUGUUGCUAAUGGGACGGUACCCGGGGUCCAUUGAUCGCACUUCGCAACCAUCUUUUAGUUCGUUGCUCUUGUCUUCCCUUCCAUCCAUCCUCCCACCACCUCCUCGUUCCCUUCAUCUCCGCCCGCGCAAGCCUACUUAGGCCGCGUCCCUUCCCCUCUUUCCCCUCACGCCGCCGCAUCCGCACCCACAUUCUCUUCGACCUCACAUACCCAAGACAUCCCGGCAAAAUGUACACUCUUUUUUCUGCGGCUGCGCUCGCCGUCACUCUUUUGGCGACUUCCGGCGUGAAGGCUGAGACGCAUAGUGUUAUGUUUGAUAAUCAGUGCGGGUAUGGAUAUCCUCAACUUAUUCAGGGCGGUACGCUCCUAUCCAACGGCUCUGUGUACACGGGAGAGGGCGCCAUUAGCUCCGUAAUUGCAUACCUGCAAACUGGUGAUUGUGGAUGGAACGGCGAGAACUGUGCGCUCGUCGAGCUCACUCUCACCAAUCCCACCGCUCCUGGGACUGGGUCUUCGGCAGACAUCAGCCUGAUCGCUCCUCAUACCUAUAACGUGCAGACCUCGUUCAGUUACUAUGACGGCUGCGCCAACACGGGCGCUAACUGCGCCAGCUCUGACUGCACUGACGCUUUCUACAACUCUGACGACAACCAAGUCCAGGUAGCCUGCGAGGAUAAUCUAUUGUCGCUGCCACCUCUGCUGUUGAGUCUUCUUCAGCAGUUGUGUCCAGCGCUGCGGUCGUCAGCACUUCUUCCGUCCCCGUCGUCACAUCGGCCGUAUCGACCGUUGAGGUCUCUUCUCAGAUCGUUACUGUGACUGUCACUGUCACUUCGGUGGCGUCCUGCCGCGUUCGCCCCACGAAUACCGGCUUGACGGACCCUCUCACUACGUCGAGUGGUUCAGCUCCGGUCGCGACGAGCACUGCUGUCGUGUCCUCGCCUGUGCUUGUCGCAUCGUCCAGUGCAGCGGCUGCAAGCUCGUCGGCUGCUGUUGCUUCGUCCAGUGCAGUCGGGUCUGCCAGUGCAAGCGCGUCCGCC